CUAUAUAUACACUUUAAUUUCAUUUUCUACAUCAAGAAGCAAAAGCAAAAACAAGAGAGAUCUAGAAGGGAAGGGAUUAUGUCAAGUAGCAAGGUUGAUGAUCAAAUGGAACUCAUCUCUCACUUCUAUCCUCAUGUUUACGCCCAAUUAGCACAAGAACAAGUCUCUUUAGGAGAGAAGAUGGAACCGCGAAGGAGAAGGAAGAAGAACAAAGUUGAAGGGAGAAACAACACUAGUGAAGUUGUGAUGAGGAAGAGGAAGUUGCUUAGUGAAGAACAAGUUAAUCUUCUUGAACAAAGUUUUGGGGACGAGCACAAACUAGAGAUGGAGAGGAAGGCCAAGCUUGCUUCUGAGCUUGGCCUUGAUCCUCAUCAAGUCGCGGUGUGGUUCCAAAACAGGAGGGCUAGAUGGAAGAACAAGAAAAUCGAGGAGGAAUACUCCAAGCUAAAGACUCAACAUGAGACUACCAUCAUUGAGAAAUAUCGUCUUGAAACUGAGGUGUUGAAGAUGAAAGAGCAAUUGUGUGAAGCAGAAAUGGAGAUACAAAAGCUUUUAUUGGAACGUAAAAGUGAUAUUUCAAGCAAUAAUAGCCCAAUUUCAUCAAUAUUCUCAAUGGAGCAGCAACAUUUUGAUCUUGGGGAGUUUGGAAUGGAGGGGCAAUUAAUGGAUGAUAAUAUGUUCUUUGUUGCUGAUAAUCAAAGUACUUAUAUAACUCUUUGGGAUAAUUAGAAUGGGUUUAAAUUUAUAAUCCUAUAUGUAUGAUAUUAUGAUCAUCCAUAUGUAUAAAGUUUUAAAUGUAGAAAUAUGUACAUUAUUUCUUUUGUAACUUGCUUUGUGGUUA